ACGGUUAGCUCCGACAAAUGGUUUCUUUCAAAAUGGCGACAAAGUACACGUGUAUUUCAUCGAAAUGUUGUGCCUUGUUUCUUAUUUUGUCGGUCGUUUUCGUCGGAUUUGUUCAUAGCGCUGGCAAGAUUCUUGUUCUUGUGGAUAAUGUUAACACACAGGAUACGCAUUCAAUCUUUCUUGGCUCGUUAAAAGCGCGAGGAUUUGAACUCACUAUAAAAUCCGCUGAUGAUGCAGGUCUAAGCCUGAAAAAAUAUGGAGAGUUUUUAUUUGACCAUUUGCUCUUGUUAUCACCAUCAGUAGAAGAAUUUGGAGGAUCCAUUAAUGUGAAUGCUAUCAUUGAGUUUAUUGAUGCCGGUCAUAAUGUUUUUGUUGUUGCUAGCUCAAAUGUUGGGGAUCCAAUAAGGGAGUUAGCAGGCGAGUGUGGAGUUGAAUAUGAUGAAGAGAAGACAUCCGUGAUUGACCACAUUAGCUAUGAUGCUUCUGAUAAAGGAGAUCACACAAGGAUAUUGUCUUCUCCUUCACACCUGAUCAAAAAUUCAUUAAUUGUUGGGGAGACUCCCAUUGAGCCUCUGUUGUUUAAAGGUGUUGGCAUGACUGUUGAUUCUGACAACCCACUUCUCCUUGAAGUUCUCACAACAUCUUCAUCAGCUUAUUCAUAUCAUCCUCAUAUAUCUAUCACUGAUUAUCCUCAUGCUGUCGGCAAAAGUACUUUGUUGAUUUCAGCGCUUCAAGCAAGGAAUAAUGCUCGUGUUGUAUUUUCUGGAUCUCUUGAUUUCUUUAGUGAUGAGUUUUUCCAAUCACCAGUGCAAUUUGCAUCAUCAGAAGGAGCAAAAUUUACAAAUUCUGGCAAUGAGCAAGUUGCUAUUGCUUUAAGCAAAUGGGUAUUUAAAGAACAGGGAGUACUUCGUGUAGUAGAGGCAAAACAUCAUCUUGUGGGGCAAGACAUUGCACCUCCUGCAUACACUAUUGGAAAUGAUGUUAUUUAUACCAUUGAGAUUCAAGAACUUGUUAAUGGAAAAUGGGAAGCGUUUAAAGGAAAUGAUGUGCAAAUGGAAUUUGUUAGAAUUGAUCCAUUUGUACGUACAACUUUGAAGAGAAAAGAUGACAAAUUCUUUGUGCAAUUCAAAUUGCCCGAUGUUUAUGGUGUAUUUACAUUCAAAGUAGAUUAUGAAAGAGUGGGUUACUCUUUUCUGCAUAGCCGUAGCCAGGUUUCCGUGCGUCCACUCCAACAUACAGAAUACGAACGUUUCAUAUUCUCAGCUUAUCCUUAUUAUUCCAGCGCCUUCUCUAUGAUGAUUGGUCUGUUUUUCUUUUCCUUCGUUUUUCUUUAUCAUCGAAAUGAAAGCAAGACUAAAGAAGAUUGAAGCAACUCAACCCACUCACGGCAGUUGUCUUAAAAUUGUUCUAGUUCUGAGGAAAUUUUAAUAAAUAGUUUUCAGUUAUUGUUUCA